UACUAUUUUUAAUUGACAACUUCUGUAAUUAAAAGGCCCAAUGCAAAAGAAAUCACAUUUUGAGGGCAACAAGCAGAGAGACUCAAAUCUCAGAGAACAAUGCCAAUGCCAUAAGAAGACAUCCAUGGAUCAAAAUCUUUCUGGAAAGACAUCAUCGGAAACAUCCACAUUCCCCGGCGAGGACGGCGGCGCAUCCGCCGAUAAGGUUCAAGGGCAAGAAAUGACGCGGCGGAGCACCGGCGGCGAAAGAUCCGCUUCCUCUUCCCUUUGCUCUCUGUUCUCGAAACAGAAAAUCGGCGGAGAAGACGGCGGGGCCCCACAACCCUCCGCCGGCAUUUUUCGGAAUCUCAUCACUUGCGGCACCGUGGACACGAAAGACUCCGCCGUCUUGCGCCGGCAUCCGCCGCCUGCUCCGUUGCCGGAGAAAAAAGAUUGUUCGGAGAUUUGUUGUAAGAAAACGGAGAGGCUGCGUGGGUCCCAGCGGAUUUUCAGCUCUAAUGGGAACAAAGAAAAACGCCAUAGUAAACCCAUGAAAGGCUGCGAGGAGCUGUACGGCCGAAGGCCUUUCAACAAAUCUCCACACUGUUCACAAUGUGGAAAGCCAUUCAAUCCAGAGAAACUACAUUCCCACAUGAAGUCCUGCAAAAGAUUAAAGAAGUAUAAGGAGAAAGAAUAUUCUAAGAGAUCAACGGAGGGUUCGUUGACGAAAAACUCUUAUUGCUUCACUCACUAAAUACUUUUGCAUUUCAUUUUUGCUUCUUAUUGUGUACUCCUUUUAAAGCAUUCUGAUGCCGGAGGGCGUAGCUUAGUUGGUAAAUA